AUGACGAGUCUUUCCGAGGCCGACACGGCGCAGCUGCAGGCCCACCUACAAACUGCCGUCACUGCGUGCACGGAACGCUGCCUCUACCAGUCGGCCAAGUGGGCCGCCGAGCUGCUGAAUUCCUUCCAAACAACCGACCUGACGUAUGGUUCAGACACCGAUGCCGAUUCGCCCGUCUCCGACACAUUCCCCGCCAAAGAACAAUACCCUUCUGAUCCGGUCGAGGCUCACCUAGAAGCCAAGGAGCUCCACAAGUUCCUUCUUGCAAAAACCUACUUUGACUGCCGCGAGUAUGACCGUUGCGCAGCUGUCUUCAUACCGCCAAGCGUGGUUUCCGCCGCGUCGAUAGCGACACCAGCGUCUUCGCAAUCCCAACGAAGUAAGCCGUCGCAAAAGGGCAAGACCAAAGCUACAGCCGCCUCGGAGCCGAAACCGGUGAGCCGUUCGUUCUCAGGCCUCAGCCAAAAAUCUCUAUUCCUGGCAUUGUACGCCAAGUACAUGGCGGGGGAGAAGCGGAAAGAUGAGGACAGCGAGAUGGUAUUGGGACCUGCGGACGGAGGCGUGACAGUCAAUAAAGAGCUCAACGGCAUUUUGAGGAUCCUAGAAGAUUGGUUCGCAGAACGGCAUGCUAGCGGCAAAGAAGGCACGGGUUGGUUAGAGUACCUCUACGGCAUCGUCUUGGCAAAAGGCAAGAAUGAGGAGAUGGCCAAGAAGUGGUUCAUUCGCAGUGUACAUCUGUACCCGUAUAACUGGGGAGCGUGGCAGGAGUUAGCCUCGCUGAUCGGUUCGGUAGAAGACCUGAACCUCAUCACCGAGCAACUGCCACAGAACCUCAUGACCUUUCUCUUUCACAUCUACACCAACCAGGAGCUAUACCAAUCAACCGACCAUAUCCAUAACGAACUCACGCAAGUCCAGGGAAUCUUCCCCAACAGCGCAUUCCUCAAGACGCAGCGCGCUCUUCUAUACUACCAUUCGAAAGAUUUUGAAGAAGCCGAAUCCAUAUUCUCCUCCCUGGUCACCAGCGAUCCAUACCGCCUCGAUGCGCUCGACAAUUACUCCAACAUCCUAUAUGUCAUGUCAUUACGACCCAAGCUCGCCUUUGUGGCCCAGAUCGCCACAGCCGCCGACAAAUUCCGCCCAGAGACCUGCUGCGUUGUGGGCAAUUACUACUCGUUGAAGUCGGAGCACGAAAAAGCCGUCAUGUACUUCCGACGCGCCUUGAUUCUUGACCGGAAUUUCUUGUCCGCCUGGACGCUCAUGGGACACGAAUACGUCGAGAUGAAGAACACGCACGCGGCGAUUGAGAGCUAUCGGCGCGCCGUUGACGUCAACCGCAAAGAUUAUCGUGCCUGGUACGGGCUGGGCCAGACAUACGAGAUGCUAGAAAUGUACAGCUACGCGCUAUUCUACUUCCAGCGCGCAGCGUCGCUGCGACCGUACGACCCAAAGAUGUGGCAAGCGGUGGGCAAAUGUUUCGGUGAAGUCGGCAAGCUUGCGAACGGGAUCCGCGCGUACAAGCGCGCUCUCGUGGCAGGCAGCUACUACGAAGGCGGCGCAGGCGGGAGCAGUUUCGGCAGUGCAGAGGGCCUGGGCAGCGGCGUGCUAGACCCCGAAACGCUGUACCAGAUCGCGCUGCUGUACGAGCGGCUCGACGACCGCGAGGAAUGCGCCGCGUACAUGGAGCUCUGUCUGGCGCAGGAGGAAGGGCCGGAGCCGGACGGCGUGGAUAGCAGCCAGGGCGAAGGGAGCGAGCCGCUGGGCGUGGGCGUCACGCCUACGACGUCUAAGGCGCGCAUGUGGCUGGCGCGCUGGGCUUUCUUCAACAAGGACUACGAGCGCAGCUCGACGCUUGCGCAUGAACUGAUCCAGGACGGGGUGGAUGUCGAGGACGCCAAGGCGCUGCAGCGGGAUAUCAGGGCGCGGUUGGAGAGGGAGAGGGACGAGGGGCAGAGGAGAGCGGUCGAGGAGGUGGAGCGCAAGUUUGGUAGGAAGACGUAG